CCUAUUUUUCUAAUAUACUCUAUGUAUUGCUGCAUCAUAUAUGUCCUGACAACUAGCUGGUCUAGCUGGUUGGGACUUUUCAUUGUCAGCUCAACUUAGCUGCUGAAGCUGAUCAACCAUAGAAGACUUGAUGCCACCACUGUCUACUCGAGAUUGUUGUGCCAGCUCACCCCAGCAUCAGUGAUGAUGAUGGCUCUGAGGAGGAAGAUGAUGAUGUGGCAGACCCUGACUUCCUCCCACCCACCCACAACCUGGACACUCCAGGCCCGAGUGAUAUGGGCCCCUCUGCCAAGAGGAAGUGUGUGGAGCCUGCAGUGGAGGUGCUUGAAGAGCCAGCACCACAAGCAAAGAGGCCAACUAAGAAGGGGAAGCCAGGGACAACAGAAUAGGCAGGCCUCCACUCAGGAUCACAAAGGAGAUGGAGAAUAAGGCUGUCCCUCGUGGAACGUAUGACUACGUCACCAGUGACGAUGGGAUCCUGGCCCUCAGGUGGAAGGACAACAGGAUCGUCACUCUGCUGUCAACAGACAUGGGGGCGGAGCCCAUGUCCUCAGUCUACUGGUACUGCAGUGACACCAAGAGGAAGGAACAAGUGAGCUGCCCUGCUGUCGUCAAGAGCUACAAUGCCAACAUGGGGGGCAUUGACAAGCGUGACAAGAGUGACAUGCUGGUCCACAUCUACUGCACCCCCAUGAAAUCAAAGAGGUGGUACAAGCGCAUGUUUGCUUACUCUGUUGAUGUCAGCCUCACGAAUGCCUGGGUUUUCUACAGGUGGGACUGCAAGUCUCUUAGCCUUCUGGAUGGCCUGUCUUUAAAAAAAAUUAGGAUCCAGGUGUUCAGGGAAGCCAGCAGCCAGAGGCCAGUCACAUCUAAUCCCUGAAGGAGCUCAGCAUUUCCAGGCAGCCUCAGCACAUCUACUGACAUCCCCACGCCUGUCCGGGGACACUGCAGCCACACCCCAGAUAGUUAUGUGCGGUUUGACAUGUCCCUG